UUCUACUCUUGUGAGUCGAGGAGAUAAAUUUGUAUGUUAUGUGAUGCAUGAGAGUAGACACCUCUACACAAGACGACAACUGGUUUAGAGCUUGAAAUCAGUCCUCGCAGUUCAAAUUCACGUCUUUAUCACUUUAAGCGCAGACUACAUGCUCUGCAGCAAUUUCAAGGAUCAAAAUCCACAUAUUACGACAGAUAUGGUGGACACACAGACGUUUUCCUGGCCCAUGGGAUUCGGCCUGAGUGCGUUGGAACUGACGGAACUCGAUGACAGCUCGCACUCGCUGGACAUGAAACCGUUCACCACCCUGGACUACACAAGCAUCUCUGGCCAAGAUUAUGACCCAAGCCCACCCCAGGGUGAACUGACGGACAUGGAUCUGUCACACAUGUACAGCUACAGAGCACAAGAAAGCCAAAGUUCAAUAAAACUUGAACCAGAAUCUCCUCCCCAGUAUGCAGAGGGCAGCCUGCAGUAUUCCAAACUGCAUGAGGACGCAUCCACCUCUGUGUUAAAUAUUGAGUGUCGUGUAUGUGGGGACAAGGCCUCUGGCUUUCAUUAUGGUGUUCAUGCUUGUGAAGGCUGCAAGGGAUUCUUCCGCCGAACCAUACGUUUGAAGUUGGUGUAUGACCACUGUGACUUGCACUGCCGCAUUCACAAGAAGAGCCGCAACAAGUGCCAAUACUGCCGCUUCCAAAAAUGCCUUAUGGUUGGCAUGUCGCACAACGCCAUUCGCUUUGGCCGCAUGCCUCAGGCAGAGAAGGAGAAGCUAUUGGCUGAGUUCUCCUCUGACAUGGACCACAUGCACCCAGAGUCGGCCGACUUAAGGGCGCUGGCCAAGCAUCUGUACGAGUCCUAUCUCAAGUCUUUCCCUCUGACCAAAGCCAAGGCCAGGGCCAUCCUCUCAGGGAAAAACAGCGACAAUGCACCUUUCGUCAUACACGACAUGAGGUCUUUGAUGGAAGGGGAACAGUUCGUCAACUGUCGGCAGAUCCCGACGCAGGAGCACAGGCCAGUGAUGGGUGCUUUACACCCGCCACCUGACGAGGCCGAACUGCGUUUCUUACACAGCUGCCAGUUCCGCUCUGCAGAGGCUGUCAGUGAGGUCACAGAGUUUGCCAAAAGCAUCCCGGGCUUUGUGAACUUAGACCUGAACGACCAAGUGACGCUGUUGAAGUAUGCCAUGAUCGAGGUGCUGUUCAUUAUGAUGGCGGCGCUUAUGAACAAAGAUGGCACGCUCAUCUCAUACGGCCAGAUCUUCAUGACACGCGAGUUCCUCAAGAGCUUUCGAAAGCCUUUUGGCGAGAUGAUGGAGCCCAAGUUUGAGUUCUCCAUCAAGUUCAACUUGUUGGAGUUGGAUGACAGCGACAUGGCACUCUUCCUGUCCGUUAUUAUUCUCAGUGGAGAUCGCCCAGGUCUACUGAAUGUGAAGCCUGUUGAGGACAUUCAAGAGACUCUUCUCCGUUCAUUGGAACUGCAGUUAAAGAUGAACCACCCAGAUUCCCCACAGCUGUUUGCCAAAGUCCUGCAGAAGAUGACGGAUCUACGGCAACUUGUUUCCGACCACGUACAAAGCAUCCAGCUGCUGAAACAAACAGAGAUUGACAUGUGCCUACAUCCUUUACUGCAAGAGAUUAUGAGAGACUUGUACUGAAUUGUAGUUUAAGAUUGUGAACCCAAACAGUAGUGAUUAUGUUUCUAGUUACUGCUGUAACUGUGUUCUUUUCUCAUCAUCAAGUGAAUGAAAACCACUCAGAUGAAAAAAAGGAGAGAGUUACCUGUUAGACUAUUACAACUGUUUCCCUUGUCUAUUUCUAAGACUGAGUUGGCUUUUUUUCAGGAUCCUGCUGAAAGGGGAACAGCACCACUGUGAAUACAUUUUUACUGCAUAUAAUGAAACUGUCCACAAAUACAGCUUAAUGCGCACAUGCAGCUGUUGAACAUUAACUUGUCUUUUUCCCAGUCCACAUUCUGAAAGUCUUACAUUCUGCUAAAAUGAAUAAGCAAACAUAAUGUAAUUUUCAUGACAGUGCCUUACUUAAAUCACUUUUUUUGGCUUUGUAUGUAAAUAGAAGUUUGCCUCCUCAAAGACGCUUUUUAGAUGAGCCCUACAUGUCAUAUUUUAAAUUAUACAUCAGCUUUAACCACUAAUCUUAAAUUUGCUUUUCCUUUUUUUUUUUUUCCUUUUUUUUUUCCUUUUUUUUUGCGGCUCUAGAUAGAAACAGACAGCGAAUUUAAAUGGUAUUUUUCAAAGGACCACCCUUGUUUAGAAGGAAAUGAUGU